AUGAAAACAUCGACUAGUUUUGUAUCGAUUACUGGUGAUCAACUGAAGGCGGCUGCAAGUAAAACAAUAGCUGAUGGCGAAAACACCAAUGCACAAUAUAUACAUCGUGAUCAAGCGUCGAAAUUUAUUGGAAAAUAUACAAUGAAUAUGAAGAAAUUGAUCUAUUCAGACAACCCACAAAUCAAUGCACAAGCGCUGUCAGACGGCUUGGAAACACAAUUUCUUUCGUUACUACAACAAGCUAUGCAAGAUUCAACGAUGGAAAGACUGAGAGCGGAUGCACUUCAACAAGUCUGGUCACCGUCAGACUUGGAUCCAGACGUUUUAGAGCAUGAAAUAAAUAAGAUGUUUUCAUACAAUCAAUCAGAAACAGAACGGCAUAAUGAUAGUAGAAUGUAUUUUAAUGGCAAUGUGGAAGAAAUAAAACAGUCAGCGUCGAAGGGAAGUGGCGGUAUUUUUGGUAGCAUCGGCAGAGGUUUCCUGAAAGUUUUCAGUCUCGGUUUAAGUGGCAGUGGUGAAUCUUCAUCCACAACUACCACAAAAAAUCAUACAAUCACUGAUCAAGUUAUGUCCGAAACAGAUAUUCAAAAACAUUUGUCUCAACAUGCGAUGGACACAGAAUGGAAUGGAAAGAAGCUGAGACCGAAAGAGUUUAAAGUUCACAAGUUAAGUGACAUUACAGAUCAUUUACAAAUAGCUAUUAUUUCAAAACAAUUAACCGUCGAUAAAGAACAAAAUGCUAUUGUUCGAAUAAUUAGUACAAUGAAUACACCCUAUUCUAUUGCUAAUAAUCAAACGCGUUCAAAUUUAGUUCUCACUGGCGAAAUAAAAAUCUAUGCCGGUAUAAAUAAGCCUCCUUAUCCAUGGCUUCUUUGUGAUGGUGCCGCUGUAUCACGUAUCGAAUAUCAACGUCUGUUUGCUGUUAUCGGUACACAAUAUGGAGCAGGUGAUUAUGUAACAACGUUCAAUGUACCAGAUUUUCGUGGACGAGUUCCAAUUGGUGUUGAUCAGUAUGAGCUGCGUGUGAAACAAGUGACUGAAACUGGAUUUAGUGGUGGAGCAGCAGUACAUACGUUGACCAUUGCUCAACUUCCUCCUCAUCAGCAUACAGCAGGUUCAUUAGUCACCAGUACAGCUGGUGAUCACACACAUUCAAUUUAUGAUCCAGGUCACAACCAUGGAGGAUCUACUGGUAGUGCACCAAUGGGAACAGGACCUUGGGGUAUGAGAGGAGGCGGACAUGGAAGCGAUCAAAACUCUCAUACACAUACAAUCUACACUGGACAGACAAAUAUCAGAAUUAAUAGUGCAGGUGCUCAUAAUCAUAUGAUCCAUGGAAACACCAGUUCAGUUGGAAAUGGCGAUAGUUUCAGUUUGCUACAACCAUAUCAAUCUAUUCAUUAUAUUAUUUAUGCUGAUUGA